CAGAGGGGGGCGGUCUCACGUGACUGGGUGGCUGCUCUAAAUGCUACCAGUUCACAUGACGGAGACAUGGCUUAUUCAGUCCGUGUGCCUUUGACCGACAUCUAACCGCGUUUCCUGCCAGUUUCUACCAACAGGACGUGCUUCGGGAUCACUAAAUAAUAAUCCCUUGUUAUUUGGACAUCAGGGAGUAACGUAAACAACAACAGGAAGAGGAACAACAACAGUGACGUUUCAGUUUUGAGCGAACGGUCCGUCAAGUCAAGUGCAGCUCGCCGCGGAGACCCACCUGCGCCUGCAGCGGCGACACAGCACCACCUCCCCGGGCUCUUAUCUCUCCACCUCCCCGGGCUCUUGUCUCUCCACCACAGGGACAGAAAGAGGAGAAAAGUCCCCACCUGAAAGGAUGAAACUCUCCCACGCUUUGGCGGUGCUCAUCAUCGCCUGGCUUGCGGUUUUGGGCCGCAUUCAGGCUGUUACUCUUGAGGUGAAAGAAGGGAACUCUACCUGCAUCAAGGCUGAGCUCUCUGCAUCGUUCUCCGUCACGUACAACGCCUCCAGCAGCACGAAAACAGUGCAGGUUGCUCUGCCUGACUCCACCACGGUCGAUAUCGCCAGCAGCUCCUGUGGCUCAGACAGCAACUCACCGUGGCUGGUUGCGGUGUUUGGACCCGGCCACGCGCUGGGGCUGAGCUUUUCAACCAAUGGAAGUCUGUACAGUGUGGCUAACCUGACGCUGCAGUACAACCUCAGCGACACUUCAGUCUUCCCAGAGUCAAACAGCUCCGAUGUGGUCACUGUGAUAUCUGCUUCAGUUGGGAUUUGGGCGACGAUCAACACCACCUACCGCUGCAGGAGCCCCGCCACUUUUAACGUUGGUGGAGCAAGUGUCACCUUCUCUGAUAUGAGGCUGGAGGCGUACAUGCCACGAAAUGACCUGAGUCCAACAGAAAGCGUGUGUAUGGCAGAUCAGCCCAGCACUGCAGCUCCACCCACCACUGCCAUCACGACAACAACCGUAGCUCCAUCACCAACCCCUCCAGGAACACCUGAGCGGGGCCUCUACUCUGUAAACAACAGUAACGGCACUGUUUGUCUCCUGGCUCAAAUGGGACUGCAGCUCAACGUGUCUUACUUCUCUCUGUCUCAGAAUAAGACUAUCCAGGAAUUACUCAACCUGACUCCCAAUCGGACCAUUGCAUCAGGAUCAUGUGAAGCCAGCAGUGCUUCCUUGGUUCUGACACAGGAGCGCACCACACUCACCUUUACCUUUACUCUGAACUCCACAACCAACAAGUACCGCCUGAGUGGGCUAACUCUGCUUGCUAAUUGGACGGAUGCACCUGCUCCUUUCACAGCCACUAACACCAGUCUGGACUACCUGCGGAGUACACUGGGCCGCUCCUACAUGUGCAACGCAGAGCAGACUCUGGUUGUGGUGCCAAUCUUCUCUCUCAACACAUUUAGACUGCAGGUCCAACCCUUCAGAGUCACAACCAACCAGUUUGCUACAGCGGAGGAGUGUCAGAUGGACCAGGACCAGAUGCUCAUCCCCAUCAUUGUCGGAGCAGCUCUGGCCGGCCUGGUGCUGAUCGUCCUCAUUGCAUACCUAAUAGGCCGAAAGAGGAGCCACGCUGGAUACCAGACAAUCUGAAAGAACCCUUCAUUUCCCUUAAACCUGACAGACUGAGCGGUGGAGAGAUGAACCAAAGUGUGUGAGCGAGCAAGUAAUAAAACCGUGGACACGAGCAUGAGUGAAUGGAAGCAGUUGUUACUCUGUGGCGAGUGCAUGCUUUUGCAUAUCCAAUGUGACCCCUGGAUAUUUUUAUUUUACUUUCACUUCCUCUGUGACAUGAUGAGAAGCCAAAGGCCUGCGAGCUUUAGAUGGUGUGCGUCUUGAUGAAGCCCGAGAGAACCGAGUCUUCACACAAUUUAGGGUGGAGGCAGUUUGAAUUUGAUGUUCAAGUUCACCGUCAGCUGUUCCCUCUUGUCCCAUUGAGUUCUAGGAAUUGGUUGAAUUUGCUUGAACUGCUUUUGUUUGUAAUUAUUUAUAUAUAUUGCAAAAAUCAAUUAAUAUCCCAAGAGGCCGAGAGAGAGUCAAAUCUAGGAGAAAGAUAUAUUUUUUAAAAGUUCCAAUGGCUUAUGUACAAGUAAAAACAUUUCAAGUUAGGUGGAGUUUUAUUCUUACACAUAAACAUGCUCAAUAUACGCAUAAAAUAAUCCCAGUGUCUCUAUAAAAGGGAAAGUUCUCCAUGUUUCUCUUUCUCAUAUUGCUCCACACUGCAGACUGUCCCAACAGUGCACUGAGGUGCGGUUUAAUUCAGCUAAUUAAACAGUCUGGUAAUUAUGAUAAUAAAAGGUGAAGAGCUGCUUUGUGUAAACAGUGUGUAUUGGAGUGUGACUCUGCAUUAUUAAAAUGUAUAUAACAUUACAGCUAAACAGGUGCAUGGAUUCAUUUUUCAUUCUUGCUUUCCCCAACUCUCCUUUAAGAAUGUUCAUAUGAAUUGUAGUGAUUUGAUCUUUUAUUUUUAUAGAAAAUGGUUUGAUCUCGUUUUCUAUUAUGCAUCGUACUGAAAGUUAAUAAAAAUCUUAAAAUCCA